GAAUCGGGCUCGGUCGCUUUAGUCCAGGCUUGUCUUUUGAGUUAAGGCGUUGGAAAGGACAGACGCUGCGUUUAGGAUGGCGUCCGCCUCGAAGAUUUCUACGUUGCUUAUCUUUUUAAUUUUCUUCGUUGACCUUCUGUCACUAGCUAUUUCUUCGACCCAAGCAAAUGUCCACCAGGAUUCCCCUUACGGGAAAUCACGCAUCAGGAGACAGACGUGUGUCGACGGAAUGUACGAUCAUGAGGGCAAGCAGUGCUGUAAAUGUGCCGCAGGUCAGCGAGUCGAGAAGCACUGCACUACAGAUUUAACUUAUGGACAAUGUGAGUUCUGUGAGGAGGACACGUACAUCAGUCACCCAAAUGGUCAAACCAGCUGUGAUCCCUGCACCUCCUGCAACCAACCAAAUGCGAACUUGGAGGUGGAUCUGCCCUGUACCAGAGCCAGAAACACCAGAUGCCGAUGUAAGACAGACCACUACUGUGAUACAGGAACCUGCAAAGUCUGCCUCCCCUGUACAACUUGUGAAUUUGGCGUUGACAAAGCCUGUACACCCACCAGUGACGCUGUCUGCAAAGAAGCAAACAACAACAACGUCGGUGCCAUUGUCGCUCCCAUUGUCAUUGUUGCUCUUUUAGUAAUCGGUGGUAUAUUGGUAUAUUGGUUUGUCUGGAGAAAGAGACAACGCGGGAUUGAAGACCAUGGACCAGACGAUCAGCCACUUAGAGAUAUCCCAGAAAUAUCCCUUGAUGACAUCCAGCCUCUUCUGCUUCCGAUAUCAGAUGAGCUUGGAUGGAGUGUUGUGAAAGAAGUAGCAAUUUACAGUAAGAUCAAAGAUCCUGCUAUUGAGUCUUGUGAGCGCAACCACCCGAAUGACAACCAGGAGCAGACGCGUGAGCUACUGAAGAUUUGGACGGAUAGUCAGGGCAGGAAUGCGCCAAAAGAGUUGGUCAGGAUCCUUGAGGCACGUAACAAAAGAGCCCAAGCAGAGAAAGUCAGAGAGAUAUUGUUGGCAUCCGUUCCUGUCUGAUCGAUCUGUCCUACAUGAAUACCUGAAUCUGUCAUUAACCUUAACGAGACUACUGAAUUUUGAGUUUUGGUUUUGAUUGACAGUUUUUAUGCUGUUUUUACUUGAACUUGUCCAAUAAAAAUGUUGGAGGACCAUUGCAACUGUUAGAGUGGUGUUACACAGGGCUCUGCAACUAAGUAACUACUUGGGGUUCAUGUCUCUCUGAGUAUUGGACACAGCCACAUUUGUCCCACCAAAAAAAAAAAAAAAAUUCAACUCCGCUUUUGUUUUGAAAGUGCAACCCCUUCCUACGCCCUUGGGUUGGUGUCAUCAAUGAGCCACAGCUUGCACAUUGGACAAUAUGCCUCAAUUAAUGUAAAAUUGGUGUCACAUGGAGUGUAAUAUGCUUAUAUGCAUAAUAAUAAUAUCCUUUUAUGCUGUUGUUUAAUUCAGAUCAUAAAACAACAUUGCAUUUUUACUGUUCUUAAAAGCAGAACACCUCUUUUAGCAGUAGUUUUUUUUAAAUUAACUUCUGUUACCAUGUUACCAUGUGCACAGAUGCGUGUGACAUGAGAUGUGAUGCUGAUGUUUGAAAUGAAAAUUGAACCAACUGAUGCCUAGAACUGAGUCUGCAAAUUACAAAAAACGAUCGAACGUAAAAAGUAAAAACAUGUGAAGGUAAAAUGGAAUGAGGGUGAAUUUUUUUGGUUUGUGCUGCGAUGUCGGACCGAAGGAUGAGAAAUGAAAGCAGACGAGCUAAUGAGCAGAAAGGGCUUCCUUCCUCAUGCGCAGGAGGGCGAAGCUGUUGGUUGGUUUUAGGGCAGAUGUGUGAAGUACAUUUUAACUUGAUAAGUUUGUUUGUUGUUUAACCAACCUUCAAAUGUGAUGGUGUUUGAAUGUAUUAAUGAAUGUCAUAUCAUUGGGGAAAAAACUACAUAUAAAUACAUAGAUGGUAUAUACCUGUGUUUGUGUUUUACUCAGAUGGCCUUAAAUUAAAUUCACCUUCACUGUAUCACGGCAGCAGCAAAAUAUGUACAGUCAUAUAUUCCAUAGUUUUUUUUUCAUUACUUUUAAAUAAUAUGUGGAUGGAUAACACAAAUAAACUGUUAUAACACAAUUCCAUGAUUAGACUGAAUAGACCCUGAAAUUUAAUACUAACGUUUUCAUUUUAGUUGGAUUUUUAAAUCAUAUACACCUGCUACUUGGGACUCCCUGCAGAAAACUUUCACACACUUUUCACACUUGUUCUUGUUGUUAUGUAAACUCUGAGUAUUAGUACAGUUUUUUUUAUUUUUUUAUCUUUCAUGUAUUUUAUUUGUGUUGUGUGAGUUUCUGUCUGUUCCUAAUUGUCGAAACUUUGCUUGACUGCUGUCUUGGCCAGGCUUCCCUUGGAAAAGAGGUCUUUGUAUCUCAAUGGGAUUGACCUGGUUAAAUAAAGGCUAAAAAAUA